CAUGACUUUUCCCAAAAAUGCAAGGCCCGAUGCUUCGGUGGCAAUGUUUCUUGAAUACUUAUAUAUGAUCUUGGGAUUAAUAGGAAUCCAUCUCUUCUCUGUGAACUGGAAAAUGGUUGAUAUAGAAUUUGUAUUUGUCUUCUUUUUUUCCCACUAUGUCUGUGAUAAGCAUAUUUUUGUAUGUUAGUAAGAAUUUGAAGUUCCUAUUGCUGAAAGUCCCUGAAAAGAAAACAAAAAGCCAUGGAACUUAUGUUUCUUGUAGCUUUUCUCUUAAUCUUAGCCGCUUUAUAUGUAGCCAAAGGAAAAAAUUCAAUUGUGAAUCUUUCCCCUGGACCACGGCCGUUGCCUUUCAUCGGUAAUUUCCACCUCCUGAAACGAUCACUUCAUAGAUCUCUAUCCGAUCUUGCCAACCAAUAUGGCCCCAUAUUUAGCCUGCGACUUGGAAUUAGACCAGUCGUAAUUGUCUCUUCACCUAGUCUCGCUCAAGAAUGCUUCACCAAAAAUGACAUUACCUUUGCAUUUAGGCCUCGAUUGGCUUUUGGAAAAUACCUUGGCUAUAACUACAUGUCAGUUGCUUGGGCUCCCUAAGGUGCCCAUUGGCGAAACUUGCGAAGGAUUGAGACGCUUGAACUCCUGUCUUCAAGGAAAAUUGAGAUGUUUGCGUAUAUCCAACAUGAACAAGUGGCAGCAUUGCUACAAAGUAUUGUUGAAGCCUCAGAUAGAGGAGAGGUGGUGAACUUGAAGGAUAGUAACGAAGAGACCAUGUUCAAUGCCAUUGUAAAGAUGGUGGCUGAUAAAAGUUAUUAUGGAAGUGGGACUAAGGAUCUAGAUGAAGCAAAGGCAUUUAUAGAAGCCAUUAAUGAUACAUUCACAUUGUCUGGGGUGUUGAACAUUGGGGAUUUUAUUCCAUGGCUUUCAUGGUUGGGACUUAGGGGGAUUAGACUUAUGAAAGCAUUGCAUAGGAAGAGAGAUAGGCUUAUGCAGCACAUUGUGGAUGAGCAUAGGAAAUUGAGGAGUGGGGAAGGUCAUGUUUUCAAGCCAGAUUUCAUUCACAUGUUGCUGGACAGGAAAGAAGAGGAUCCCAACUAUUUCACAGAUGAUCUGAUCAAGAGUAUAAUCCAGGUCAUGAUCGUGGCAGGAACAGAGACCACAGCGGUGACACUGCAGUGGGCACUAGCCCUCCUCCUCAACCACCCUGACUCCCUUCAGAAAGCUCAAACCAAGCUAGACCAACAAGUGGGAAGGGACCGAUUAGUUGAAGAAUCCGAUCUCUCAAAGUUAAGAGUACCUACGGGCUAUUAUCAAUGAGACACAAUGCUUAUAUCCUCCGGCCGCCACUCUCCUACCCCAUGAAUCCACUACAACGUGCACUCUCGGUGGCUACCAAAAGGCACAAUGCUCUGGGUGAACGCAUGGCACAUACAGAGGGACCCACCCUUGCGCGUGGUCUGAGCCUUUGAGGUUUAUAGGAAGUGGGGUUGAUGUGACGGGACAAGAUUUGAGGGUGAUAUCAUUUGGUUCUGGGAGGGGAGGAGGAGCUGUCCUGGAAUGGGCUUGGC